AUGUCUACCGCCAACAUAAAACAAAACAUCGAAGUCACGACCAAGGGCUACAUCUCGUCAUUUGUCGACGCAAGAGUCGAGAAUAACCCCCAUAUUGUAAAUCGCAACACAUCCCCAGAUUGCCUCCGAAGUAUGCUCCCUUCUAUCCUGGGAGGUGGAGGCACAAUGCCAAAUGGAGCAUAUGAGGCUAUCUUCGCCAAGGGCCUCCAAGCUGGCGGAAUGGACUCUGUCAACAUUACUGAUUUGAUUAUUGAUGAAGACGCCCGUAAGGCUGCUGUUACAGCUGUGGCUGACAUGGUCUUUCUGGGAGAGAGGAGCAGCAUGGACUUUUCUUGGUUUUUACAUUUCAACGAGGAUGGAACCAAGAUCGUGAAGAUUGUUGAAUUUGUAGACUCUUUAGCAUUUACUGGUCUUCAACAGAAGAUGGCUGGAGCGGCUAAACAGGUAAGAAGAGUGAAAUGCGAUGAGGCACGCCCAUCCUGUCAACGAUGCACAUCUACUGGUCGCAAAUGCGACGGUUACCAAACAUCCCCUUGUUCGAAACCACCUCCAACAUGCCUUGUUACCACAUACAAGAGCCCUGUAGAGGCAGCGUCUCUUCAAUUCUUUACCGAAAAGACACUUGACAACUUCCAGACCUUUUUUCCCGACAAUCUGUGGAGUACCAAGAUGCUGCAAGUAGCACAUGACGAAGACUGCAUAAAACACGGGUUGUUGGCCUUGUCGCAAUUUCAUCGCCUUUAUCUCACCCAUCAACAAUGGCAGAAGGAAGAUUCAGCGCCCGCCCUAACGCAUUACAAUUUUGCUAUUGGGAAGCUGCUGACACCAACACCUGAUGCUCACGCACAUGCUCUUAUACUCUCUUGUCUGAUCUUUGUCUGUAUCGAGCUUCUCCAGGGAAAGACUGAAUCAGCGAUCGGCCUAUUCAAGUAUGGGUGCAGCAUGAUUCGGCAAUUUAGAAGCAGUACAAAGCACACCCUCUCCUCUGACGUACAAGAAACGAUCAACCUUGCCGAGGCAUGCUUCAAGCGAAUAGCAGUCCAGUUCCUGACACUAAUGGCGGAUAUUGAUCCUGCACUCUGGUUGUCGUACUACAACACUUUCAGCAAUACUCUUACCCUCCAAGAACGCUCCUUUGCAUGCCUCUCCGAUGCAAGAGAAGCACUACUUGAUAUCCUGGUCGAGCAAGCCAGCCCUGGGUUGAAAGGCAAAUCGGCUCGCGAUAUCAUGGCCCAUUCUGUCAAGGUUACUCGAUGGGGUGAAUUGUUCGAUGCUCUUCUUCUUAAACAGGCCAACAGCGUAACACUACCAACUAAUACUGAAAUUCGAACGAUUGCACUUCUUCAGCUUCACCGUAAGUACUCAGAAAUAAACGUCGCAAAAUACAUCCACGGACAAGGUGAUCCGUGUUUUUGGGAUGGGUUCACCACCGAAUUUAGCGAGAUGGUCGACUACGCUGCCACAGCCGCCGGCCUCGAUCAAAAUUACGCGAAACGAACCUGGGACACAGACUAUCCACCUAAAGCAUACUUUCAUAUAGACCUUGGCUUCACUUCUGUGUUGAUAUCUGUCAUUGCCCGAUGCCGCGACCCAUUUGUUCGGAGAAGGGCUCUUGCCGUAAUGCUGGCCGACAGAGCUCAAGAGGGGGCAUUCAAUGCAUAUCAAUCUGCGCGGGUAGCUGCGAGAGUGAUGGAUCUUGAAGAAGCAAGAAGCGGAAAGGAGGUCAAAUGCAGCAGCGAUAUUCCUCCUGAGGCUAGAAAUAGGACGAUACGGGUACAUCUAAAAGGAGACACAAAAAUGAGACUUGUUUAUAAGUUCUCCCAAGGCAGUUUUGAAGAGGAGAGCAGCAUGACUGAAUAG